CGGCCCGGAAGAGUGAGGGGAGAGCACCGCACCGCCGGAAGGAGCCGCCCGGCUUCUCGACCCCGGACCCCGGCGGGCGACCUGCGAGCGGCUAUGGAGGGCUCUCAGCCAGAUGCUGCGGACGACAAUGACAUGGACGCGUUCCUGGACAAGUUCCGGAGCCAGCCUUACCGCGGCGGCUUCCACGAGGAUCACUGGGAGGAGGUGGGAGGAAUUUGACAAGAUUCCCUUAUUUAUGAAGAAAGCACCAUCAGAAGUUAAUCCCAAGGAGAAUCCUGACUUGGCUUGCCUGCAGUCAAUUAUUUUUGAUGAGGAGCGCUCUCCAGAAGAACAAGCCAAGACCUAUAAAGAUGAGGGCAAUGACUACUUUAAAGAAAAAGACUAUAAGAAAGCUGUGAUUUCAUACACUGAAGGAUUAAAGAAGAAAUGUGUAGAUCCUGAUUUGAAUGCUGUCCUGUAUACCAACCGAGCAGCAGCACAGUACUAUCUGGGCAAUUUUCGUUCUGCUCUCAAUGAUGUGAUGGCUGCCAGAAAACUAAAACUCCACCACCUCAAAGCCAUAGUGAGAGGUGCCCUGUGCCAUCUAGAACUGAAACACUUUUCCGAGGCUGUGAGCUGGUGUGACGAGGGACUGCUGAUAGAUGCCAAGGAAAAGAAACUUCUGGAAGUAAGAGCUAAAGCAGACAAGCUAAAGCGAAUUGAACAGAGAGAUGUGAGGAAAGCAAAGCUGAAGGAAAAGAAGGAGCAAAAUCAGAAUGAGGCUUUACUCCAAGCUCUCAAGGCUAGGAAUAUCAGGCUCAUGUCGGAAGCUGCUGGUGAGGAUGAAGAUGCAGCCUCAGAAGGUCUGGGCGAGGUGUUUCUGGAUGGGCUCAGCUCUGAGAACCCUUAUGGCGCCAGGCUGAGUCUGGAUGAUGAGGGCAGGCUGAGCUGGCCUGUGCUGUUCCUGUACCCAGAAUACGCCCAGUCGGACUUCAUCUCUUCUUUUCACGAGGACUCCCGGUUUAUUGAUCAUCUCAUGGUGAUGUUUGGUGAAAUACCCUCUUGGGACUCAGAGCAAAAAUACUGCCCUGAUAAUCUGGAGGUCUACUUUGAGGAUGAGGACAGGACAGAAUUAUACCAGGUGCCUCCCAAGAGCACCCUGCUGCAGGUGCUGCAGCACCCCAGGGUUCUCUCCAUUUUGCAGAAAUUAUCUCCAAGGGAGAAAGGUGCACCGGGUAAAGUGACAGAGCCAGGUCUCCUGCCUCACCUUCCUCACCGCCUUGAAACAGCUGGGGCCACUCCUAGAACCCAGCACUUUCGUUGUGUCUCUCUGGGGAUAUUUUCCCCUAGCCUUGAGCAGGGGAAGGAGCUGCUGACUUCCUUGAUCUGUGGCCUCUCUGGCCAUCACUCUCCAGUACGUACACAGUUCUGUGCCUUGGCUGUGGUGUCCUGGCAGUCUGUCUCUGAAGGGACCACCUGCUAUGUUUACCACAGCAACUGACUGACUCAGUGGCCUGUGGAGACUGACUCUGGACUUUGUGACAGUGCCACAAGAAGCCUGCGGAAGAUGCCCCUCCAAUACAGUAAAACAAACUCUGAGGAAUUCUAAAGCCUGAAGGCUCAGCUAACCUGGCUCCUGGUUAUUUCACCGUCGUGGAGGGGAGGUCUAAAGGGAGGCUGUGUGCUGUGGGUGAAUGGAGCAGAAAGCCACACCCUGUUUCUGUGUACUCCUCUAAAUCUGCCAGUUUCCUUCAUCUUUGCAGUGUGAGAACUGACAGGCAGUAACCUCUAAGUUCCUCUACGGUUUUCCCAUUUGAGGAUUUUGAGACAGGGUCUCACAGUGUUGCCCAGGCUGGCCUCUAACUCCUGGGCUCAAGGGAUUAUUUUGCCUCAGCCUCCUAAGUGCGGGACUACAGGUGCACACUCCUGUACCUGGCUAGGAUUGUAUGCCUUCUAAAUUGGAAAAUCUCCCUGGGUGUGGUGGUGCACGCCUUUAAUCCCAGCACUCGGGAGGCUGAGGCAGGAGAAUCAUCCUGAGUCAUGGUUGGCCUGGAAUACAUAACAGGACUAUGUCUCAGAAAACACACACACAGGAAAAAAUAUACCAUUAAACUGGAAAAUCUUUUUGCAUGUCAGGUCACUGUCAUAGG